AUGAACGAGUCCGGUGCCUUCUAUUCGAAAAAUCUGGAAACGUUCGAGAGCGUAAUCGUCUCUCUCUUCGAUAACGCGCUCAUCCAGUGUCACAAGAUACGACAGGCGCAUCCGCUCUUCCUGACCGGUCUCAAAUUUCCCACUGAUCUUUACCUCAGCUCCGUAGGUCUUUUGGAACAAUCCGUUUGUAACAUUCGAGAUCGAUUGAUCAGAGCUUACAAACAAUCGGUCAUACCUCUGCUCGCUUACGCCCAACAAUACAAUAAAUAUUUGGAUCUUCACGAGCUGGACGUUGCCGAGUACAUUCGGAAGUUUAAAAUAGCCCAGCACACGGCGUCAGAAGUGAAAGAGGAAAUAGCUUUCCAAUUCAACAUAAAACGAAACAUCGAGCAAACAGUACCGGCAUACAUUUAUAUCGGAGCUUUUAACGUUAACGUUGAGCCGUUAAAAAAAUAUCUGGUCGAGAAACGUAAGGAUCUUGGCAACGGUUUGCUAUCGAUGUUUACGGGAGUUUUACGCGAUGCUGUGAACGAUUUGUUAAAAAAUUAUACGGAGAUCUGUGAAAAGUUGAAAGAAGAGCCGCGGAGUAUCGAAGAAAUAUUUGACAUUCGAGAAUGGAUGGAAACUCUACCGUUAACCGUCAAAAGCUUGGACGGUACGAUGCAAAAGUUGAAACUUGAAUUCGACAUACUCGAUUCGUUCAAGUGGAAUUUAUCAGACGAGGAUUUCAAAGCGAAAUGGCAAGCGAUCGGUUAUCCCCUCGAGAUCGAGCUUCAGACCCAACAGACCGUAGCUCGUUUUACCAACGAAGUGGACAAAUUCUUCAAGCAACAAGUGCUAGACGAGGCGAAUCUUCUCGAUAGAAUAGACACUCUCGUUGGUAAUGUUACGAACAUAGCUCAACAAAGCGACAUUGAUAAGAUACACGAAACGGCGAUAGACGCUAAAAGGGUUUGGAAAUCGAUGAAAGACAGUCAAGAACACGGGAUGUUACUCAACGAACGACAAAAACUUUUUGGCGUCCCUGUAACACCUUUUGACCAUCUCACCAAGCUCAUGAAAGAUUUCGAGCCUUACAAAACUCUCUGGCUCACUGCCUCAGAUUGGUUACAUUCGAACGAAAUUUGGAUGGAAAAUCCUCUGAUGACUAUAGACGGUCAGCACAUCGAGGCAACCAUUGCUGACAUGCACAAGUCGAUGUCACGAUGCGCAAAAGUCUUCGAAGAGCAACCAACAAUAGCAGCGAUCGCCCUCGAAAUACGAGAUCAAAUUGAAUCGUUCAAGCCCUACAUCGGCCUCAUACAAUCCCUGAGAAAUCCUGGCAUGAAAUCUCGACACUUUGAAGAAUUGAGCACUCGUACUGGGAUUCAAAUGGCCUUGACUCCAGCCCUUACCCUCAAGGGUCUUCUUUUCUUGGGGAUCGAGAAUUUUGAAGAUAGCGUUAAGGAAGUAUCCGAAAGCGCUGCUAAAGAAUAUACGAUCGAGGGAAUGCUGGAAAAAAUGUUGAAAGAAUGGGAAACUAUUGAAAUGGAAGUGAUGCCCUACAAAAAUUCGGGGACGUACAUAAUGAAAAUUCCUGAUGAAGUUCUCAUUCUACUGGACGAUCACAUCGUCAGUACUCAACAAAUAAGCUUCAGUCCGUUCAAAGGUGCCUUCGACAAUGAGAUAAUCCAGUGGGAGAACAAACUGAAGCUCACCCAAGAAGUAAUAGGCUAUUGGAUCGAAGUCCAAAGACUUUGGAUGUAUCUCGAGCCGAUUUUCACCUCGGAAGACAUCAGUCGCCAGUUGCCGGUUGAAACAAGAAAAUACAGCACGAUGGAACGAAAUUGGCGACGGAUUAUGAAAAACGCGAACGAAUGUCCAUUCAUACUUGAAAUUUGUCCGGACAAAAGUUUAUUCGAGAGUCUGAAGGAGUGCAUAUCCCUUCUCGAGUUAGUGCAAAAAGGUCUCGCCGAUUAUUUGGAAACAAAAAGAAUGAUUUUUCCGCGCUUCUUCUUCCUCAGCGACGACGAACUGCUCGAAAUUCUUGCUCAAGCAAAGAACGUUCGAGCAGUCCAGCCCCACUUGAGAAAGUGCUUCGAAAAUAUGAGAGAAUUAAAAUUCGAAGAAGAUUUACAAAUAACUAAGAUGUACUCGGCGGAGUACGAAGAAGUGCCAUUGAGCCCAACGAUUUAUCCCAAUGGUAACGUCGAAAACUGGCUAGGCCAGGUCGAAGAUGCGAUGCGAAAUACACUCAGAGAUAUUAUUCGUCGAUCGUUGGAGGUCGUCGAAACAACACCGCGCAAAACUUGGGUGUAUAUGUGGCCGGGACAAGUUGUCAUAUGUGCUGGACAAACUUACUGGACGGCACACGUCGAAAAUGCGAUUCUAAACAAUUCGCUCGGGGAUUAUUAUCGCCUCAUGCUUAGUCACUUGGACGACCUUCGGGACCUGGUACGUGGUGAUCAGACCGAAAUUCAGCGAAUGAUGCUCGAGGCAGCAAUUACAAUCGAAGUUCACGCGCGAGAUGUUCUUGCCAAGUUGAUUGAUGAGGACGUAACGAGUAUAAACGAUUUCGAUUGGAUAUCACAGCUCCGUUACUACUGGAUCGAAGCAGAAAAUAAUUUGCGGGUUCGAGCUGUUAACGCGGAAUUUCCAUACGGCUACGAAUAUCUAGGGAAUAAUGGGCGGCUGGUGAUAACGCCUCUGACCGAUCGAUGCUAUUUGACUCUGACGGGAGCUUUGCACUUGAAAUUUGGUGGCGCGCCUGCUGGACCAGCUGGAACUGGUAAAACCGAGACGACGAAGGACCUCGCUAAAGCGUUCGCUAUUCAAUGCGUCGUUUUCAAUUGUUCCGAUCAACUGGAUUUUUUGUCAAUGGGCAAGUUUUUCAAAGGAUUGGCUAGUGCUGGUGCUUGGGCAUGCUUCGAUGAAUUCAAUCGAAUAGACAUUGAAGUGCUUUCGGUAAUAGCACAGCAAAUCAUGACGAUUCAGAAGGCUCAGCAAAUACGAGCCGAGAGGUUUUUCUUCGAGGGCGUCGACAUCGCCUUACAACCGUCGUGCGCUGUUUUUAUCACAAUGAAUCCGGGCUACGCUGGUAGAACUGAAUUACCGGACAACCUUAAAGCACUCUUCCGUCCCGUUGCUAUGAUGGUCCCGAAUUAUUCACUCAUUGCUGAAAUCUCGUUGUUCUCUUACGGUUUUACGGACGCGAAAAAUCUUGCUGGCAAAAUAACGACGACCUUCAAGUUGAGUUCUGAACAAUUAAGCAGUCAGGAUCAUUACGACUUUGGCAUGAGAGCGGUGAAGACUGUAAUCGCGGUUGCUGGGAACUUGAAACGCGAACAAAAACAUCUCGACGAAGCUCAAAUAUGUCUCAGGGCAUUACGCGAUGUUAACGUACCAAAGUUCCUUAAAGAUGAUCUGAAGCUAUUUAGCGGUAUCGUUUCGGAUUUAUUUCCAAAGCUCAUCGAAGUACCGGUGGAUUAUGGAAUUCUUGAUGCAGGAAUACGACAAACAAUUUUGCAAAUGGGUUUGAAGGAUGUUAACGCUUACGUGAAAAAAGUGAUACAGCUGUACGAGACGACCUUGGUGAGACACGGACUUAUGCUGGUUGGACCAACGGGAUCCGGUAAAACCAAAUGCUACGAAAUAUUGAAAAAUGCAUGCACAAAACUGCAAGGCCAGGCGCAACCGAACGGAAAGCCAUUCACCGAGGUACACACAUUUGUACUCAAUCCAAAAUCAAUAACAAUGGGACAACUCUAUGGCGAAUACGACUUGGAUACCCACGAAUGGACCGAUGGAAUCCUAUCAACGCUCAUACGAGCAGGUACAGCCGCAACCGACAACGACAAGCGUUGGUACAUUUUCGAUGGUCCGGUUGAUGCUGUCUGGAUCGAAAACAUGAACACGGUUCUUGACGACAACAAAAAACUUUGUCUUACUUCCGGUGAAAUAAUGAAGCUUUUGCCAACGCAAACAAUGAUGUUCGAAGUCGCUGAUCUUAGAGUUGCAUCACCUGCGACCGUUUCUAGAUGCGGCAUGGUGUAUCUGGAACCGGAAGGACUUGGCCUUCAACCUUUGAUCAAUUGUUGGCUUGACAGCAUACCAGAGAGUAUGCGAGAGUAUGCAGAAACAAUCGGAAGUCUGACUUACCAAUUGAUUCCUGACGGGAUAAAUUUAUUACGCAAGAAUUUGCGCGAAAUUGUCUCUACAGUUGACGUUUCAAUGGUGAAAGCCUACAUAAAUUUAAUGAAUUUUCGAAUCCUACCGAUGUCUGGCAGAGAUGGAAAAGCACCACCGAGUUUCGCCUUCCAACGACUCAUUCCCGAUUUAUUGGCACCGUGGACAUCGUUUGCAGUCGUCUGGAGCCUUGGCGGAAGCUGCGACUACGCCGGACGUCGAGUAUUCGACGAAUGGUUGCGAAAUAAAAAUAAACUGACCGAGCAUCCAAUGCCAUUUCCUCAAGAAGGCUUGGUUUAUGAUUACAGGCUUCACGACGGUGGGUUCACCGAUACGAUUGAAGGUAAUGAACCGCUGGAACCUAGUUGGCGCAAAUGGCAUGUGGAUAUUCCGAGCGUCAAAAUAACACCGGAAACAAAAUUCGCAGACAUCGAAGUACCAACGAUGGAUAAUGUUAGAAACUCCGAAUUGAUUGGUAGUUUACUUCUUAACGAGAGCAACGUUCUGUGUGUUGGUCCGACCGGAAGCGGGAAAACGCUCACGAUCACGACAAAACUUUCGCGGAAUAUGACGAAAAAAUUUAUUUGCGAUUUCAUCACGUUCUCGGCUAGAACUACUGCAAACCAAACGCAGGACUUGAUCGAUUCGAAACUUGACAAGAGACGCAAAGGGUUUUACGGACCACCGGUUCUCAAGAAGCAAGUAUUCUUCGUCGACGAUUUCAAUAUGCCAGCUCUUGAGAUUUACGGAGCUCAACCACCGAUCGAAUUGAUCCGUCAAUUCAUGGACUUCGGAGGAUGGUAUGACCGCAAAGAAAUCGGUUCGUACAGAAAUAUCGAAGAUGUGAAUUUCGUGUGUGCCUUGGGCCCACCCGGUGGCGGAAGGAAUCCUGUCACAGCCAGGCUUUUGCGACAUUUUCAUUUCGUUUCAUUUCCGGAUAUGGAGAACGACGCGAAAAAGAAUAUCUUCGGGACUAUUCUCGUUUCAUGGAUAUUGCGAACUCCAAGCUUUGACAGCCUCAUUGUUGACAAAAUGGUAGAUGCAACCCUCGAUAUAUUUUCUAUCAUUUGUCGUGAUUUGCUUCCCACGCCGGACAAGUCUCACUACACAUUCAAUCUCCGUGACCUGAGCAAAGUAUUCCAGGGUAUCUUGAUGGCUGAUCCUACAAAAAUUGAUGUACACAAAUUAUUUUCUCUUUGGUACCACGAAAAUUUGAGAGUAUUUAACGACCGCCUCGUAAACGACGUCGAUCGCAAAUGGUUCAACGAAAUCUUACAAAAGAUUUUAAUCGAAAAAUUUGGAAAUCCAUUUUCUGAUAAAAAGUUGGACUCCGCAACCUUUUUUUAUGGCAGUUUUUGCGGGACGAGCGAGCAGUACGAGCGUAUUGAUGAUCUUCAAAAGUUGGAACAAGUCUUAAUCGAAUAUCUCGAAGAUUAUAACAACUCCACAACAGCACCUAUGAAAUUAGUUCUAUUCGAGGACGCGAUGAGUCACGUUUGUCGAAUCGCACGAAUUUUACGUCAACCUCGUGGUAAUGCUCUUCUACUUGGGAUGGGAGGAUCUGGACGACGAAGUCUGACUAAACUCGCAUCACACAUAGAAGAAUAUAUUUGCUUCCAAGUAGAGCUCAGCAAAGCUUAUUCCAAUCAUGACUGGCGGGAAGACGUCAAAAAUAUUAUGCUCCAAGCAGGCUUGCAAAACCGGCAAAUUGUGUUUUUGUUCUCCGACACACAGAUUAAAAACGACUCAUUUCUCGAGGAUUUAAACAACAUUCUGAACAGCGGAGAUGUGCCUAAUAUAUAUCAAAUUGACGAACUUGAGAAAAUAUAUCAACAAAUGAGGCCUCACCUUCAAGAAGCUGGAUUGGCAAUCAAUCGGAGCAACUUAUUUGCAGUUUAUCAGAAAUUUGUUCGCAAUAAUCUUCACACCGUCAUUACCAUGAGUCCUAUAGGUGAGGUGUUUCGAGCUCGCAUCAGACAAUUUCCUGCCCUGGUGAACUGCUCUACGAUCGAUUGGUUCAGUCCAUGGCCGGAUACUGCCCUUCAAAGCGUAGCAACGCAAUUCUUAUCGGAAAUCGAAGAUCCAACGAUAGUCGGAGAUGUAUUCAAAUCAAUCGUCAAAACCUGUCAGUAUAUGCACACAAGCGUCGUUGAAGCGAGCCAAAAAUUUCUCGCCGCUUUGAGUCGACACAAUUACAUCACUCCCACAUCCUACCUUGAAUUGUUAUCGAGUUACGGGGACCUCCUGGCGAAGAAAAAAGAGGAAUUAACCUUUGGAAUCACUCGUCUAUCUACAGGAUUAAACAAGCUCGCAGAGACGGAAAUUGAAGUAAAAGACAUGCAGAUAGUUCUGAAAAACAUGAAACCGAAUUUGGAAAAGGCGGCAAAAGCCACUGCACAGAUGAUAGAUCGUAUCACGAGAGACACUGUCGAAGCCGAGAAAACGAAGGCGCAGGCUGUCCUUCAGGAAAACGAAGCUUCCAAGCUCAAGCGUGAGAAUCAAGCUAUUAAGGACGAGGCCGAAGCCGAUUUAAGUGAGGCAAAACCAAUGCUAGAUGCUGCAGAAACGAGCUUAAAAUCAUUGAAUAAAAAUGACUUGACGGAAGUGAAAGCUAUGAAGAGACCGCCCGUUGGCGUCACUUUGGUCAUCGAGGCAAUGUGCAUCGUGAAAGAUGUCAAACCUUUGAAAGUCGCGGGCAAAGCUUCCGGUGAAAAAGUUCUUGAUUAUUGGACACCAGGAACUCAGAUGCUCGCUGAUCCUUCGCACUUUUUGAAUGAGCUUGCAACCUUCGACAAAAAAAAUAUCACCGAAGAGAUGAUCAAUAAACUGAAGAUAUACGUCGAAGACCCGGCUUUUCACCCAACCAAAGUAAUACAAGUAUCAAGAGCUUGUCAUUCUCUGUGUUUGUGGGUUCACGCCAUGUACAAUUAUUACUUCGUGAAUCUAAAAGUUGAGCCGAAAAUGAUUGCCCUCAAAGAAGCAGAAAAAGCACUCGCUGAGACCGAGAAAACUUUGGCCGUGGCUAUGGACCGCUUGAGAGAAGUUGAAGAGGGUAUAGAAAAAUUGGAGUCGCUACUCCGCGUUGAAGAGAACAACAAAGCAGAACUCGAGAAACAGAAACAACUUUGUGAGGACAGAAUGUCGAGAGCUGUCAGACUCAUAGCGGGUCUCGCCGAGGAACAAAAAAGAUGGACGAUUUCAGUGAAUGAUAUGAAAGGAUUGUUGAAAAAUGUCAUCGGUGAUAUUCUCAUUUCUGCUGGGGCGAUAGCAUACCUGACUCCAUUCACGGACACUUAUCGCGAGAGCCUUUUGACCUCAUGGCACGUGAUCCUCGGUAGCGGAGUACCACAUACACAAGGCUGCAAUCCUGUCUCUGUACUCGGUGAUCCUGUUGAGAUCCGAAAGUGGCAAAUUGAUGGGUUACCACGUGACUCUCUCUCCGUGGAAAACGCCGUACUCGUAAAAAAUUCUGCCAGAUGGCCUUUAUUUAUCGAUCCUCAGGGACAGGCCAAUAAGUGGAUUAAAAAUAUGGGUAAAAGCAGCGGAUUAUCGAUUGUAAAAAUAAGCGACAAGGAUAUACUUCGAGUAGUUGAGCAUUGUGUGAGAUUCGGGAAGCCAUGUUUGAUCGAAAACAUCGGUCUCGUUCUCGAACCUGCCCUCGACGGAGUUCUCUUGCGAUCUCUCUUCAAGCAUGCUGGUCAAUUGAGCGUUAAAAUCGGUGAAAACGUAGCUCCCUAUAACCAAGAUUUCCGUCUUUAUAUCACGACGAAACUUUCGAAUCCUCACUACAGCCCGGAGGUCGCCGUCAAAGUUUUGCUGGUUAACUUCACACUGACAGGAAGUGGACUCCUCGAUCAGAUGUUAUCACUGGUCGUGAUGCAAGAACGGUCCGACCUCGAAGAGACGCGAAGCGCCCUCAUAAUAUCGAACGCUGAGAUGAAGAAAGAUUUAAAAGACAUCGAGGAUCGAAUAUUGCAGAGACUUUCAUCGUCCGAAGGAUCAGCGGUUGACGACGUUGAUUUGAUUCUUACUCUCGAAGCUUCGAAAGUUAAGAGCGAAGAAAUAAAGGUAAAAGUAUCGUCGGCAGAAACUACGCAAGCGGAUAUCGAUGCCACGAGAUCCCUUUAUAUUCCGGUAGCCAAUAGAGCGCAGAUUUUAUUCUUUUGUCUCUCGGAUUUGCAAUUCGUUGAUACGAUGUAUCAAUAUUCUCUCGAGUGGUUCAUCAAUAUUUUCAUUUCGAGCAUCCUCGGUUCCGAAAAAACCCCGGACAUAACGAAACGGGUUCAAAAUGUAAACGAAUAUUUUACAUUCUCCCUGUUCGCGAACGUAUGCCGGAGUCUCUUUGAGAAGCACAAACUACACUUCGCUUUUCUCGUAUGUGCCCGAAUACGCAUCGAUGCGGGCCACAUUGAUUCAACCGAAUGGCGAUUUUUGCUCUCCGGAUCAGUGCCCACUCAGAAUCUAUCAAAUCCGGCUCCCGAAUGGAUAUCUCCGAGAUGCUGGAAAGAGAUUCAAGCAUUGGAAACGCUUCGUAAAUUUGAUGGAUUCGUGAAAACUUUUUCUAACGAACUUGGCAAAUUCAAGAGGAUUUUUGAUUCCCUGCAGCCAGAAAUCGAACAAUAUCCAGAGCCCUUUGACAAGAGAUUGAACGAUUUUCAACGAAUGAUAGUGCUAAAGUGUCUUCGUCCGGACAAAGUAACAAACGCGAUGCAACUGUAUCUGGCACGUUAUCUCGGUCAACAGUUCGUGGAGCCACAAACGACCGAUCUUGCGGUGAUUUACAAAGAGUCAUCCCCGACGACUCCCCUCGUAUUUGUACUAUCAAUCGGCACGGAUCCUGCAGCCGAAUUGUACAAGUUUGCUGAAAAGCUGAAAAUGGCAAAAAAAUUAUACACGAUUUCUCUCGGGCAGGGACAAGGCCCACGAGCAGAGUUGAUGAUUAAGAGCUCUAUGGAGGCUGGCAACUGGGUGUUCUUUCAGAACUGUCACUUGGCACCGAGUUGGAUGCCAAAGCUUGAACACCUCGUUGAAACUCUUCCUCCGGAUACCGUACACCGAGAAUUUCGUCUUUGGCUGACGUCCACUCCGUCUCCUGAUUUUCCUGCCAGUAUACUUCAGAAUGGAUGCAAAAUGACGGUGGAACCACCGCGAGGUGUUAAAGCGAAUAUGCUGCGAGCUUAUCUAACUCAAGUUGCCGAGCUGCAAGAAUUUCUGGCUUCCGAAAAUCCCAAGGUGGAAUCUUUCAAGUAUUUGUUAUUCUCUCUCUGCAUGUUUCACUCCGCCCUUCUCGAGAGGAGAAAAUUCGGACCGUUGGGUUUCAAUAUACCGUAUGAUUUCACCGACGGUGAUUUGACCAUUUGUAUUUCUCAACUUCAAAUGUUCCUUAUGGAAUAUACAACGGUUCCGUUCAAGGUACUUAUUUAUACGGCUGGCCAUAUAAAUUACGGUGGAAGAAUAACAGACGACUGGGACCGUCGCACUGUUCUGACGAUUCUCCGCGACUUCUACAAAGCCGAUGUAGCCAAUGCCAAGUAUAAAUUCGAUUCAGAAGGCUUUUAUCAUCAGCUUCCGGGAACUUCGACGUUUCAAGAAUACAUUUCAUACAUAAAAUCAUUACCGCUGAAUGAUCAUCCAAAUUUGUUUGGUCUUCAUGCAAAUGCUGACAUUAGCUGUGCCCAAGCUGAAACUUACGCAUGCUUGGGUACAUUGCUCGCUUUACAACCGAAAGAAAUUGGCAGUGCGGCAGUCAGCGUUGAUCAGGUCACCGAUCAGCUGGCCAGAGAAAUUCUCAAAGGCAUACCUGACCCAUUUGAUCUGACGAGCAUUGAAAAACAAUAUCCGGUUCUUUACGAGGAAUCCCUCAACACAGUUUUGCACCAAGAAGCAAAACGUUACAACGGCCUGUUACGCGAAAUAGUGAGAACCCUCAACGAUCUGCUCAAAGCUCUCAAGGGCCUCGUUGUCAUGUCAGACAACUUGGAAACUAUGGCGACUAAUCUUUUUAACAACAAGGUCCCAAAAGUAUGGCAGGACAAAGCUUACGCUUCCUUGAAGCCUCUCGGAGCAUGGGUGAUCGAUUUGAAGGAGAGAAUUGCUUUCAUCAACCAAUGGCAGAACGAGGGAAUCCCAUCUGCGUUCUGGAUAUCAGGAUUUUACUUUCCCCAGGCUUUUCUCACCGGCACGUUGCAGAACUUUGCGCGGCAACACGUCGUGUCCAUAGAUACGAUCGAUUUUAGUUUUCAAGUUCUUCGCGAGAAACCAAAAGCGAGACCAAAAGACGGUUGCGCCGUGUAUGGGCUGUAUCUCGAAGGGUGCCGUUGGGGCGGGAAGGCCCUGGCUGAGUCGUUUCCCAAAGAACUUUAUACCGAAAUGCCACCCUUACUUCUGCUGCCAGAAGUGAAUCACAAAAUUCCCGAAAGCGGUAUUUACGAUUGUCCUGUUUACAAGACCAUCAUACGGGCCGGGACCCUCAGUACGACUGGACAUUCCACCAAUUUUGUUCUUGAUAUGGAAAUUCCCAGCGACAAACAUCAAACCCACUGGAUUAAGAGAGGAGUGGCAUUACUUUGCGCUCUUGAUUAUUGA